GAGAACGCUUGGGCGGCCGUCGGUGACGUACAAAGGCGGCGCCCUGCUGGAGUGCGGGCUGCCUCGGCGGGAGCGAGUCCGGUUCCUCCACCAUCAUGGUUCAUUGCAGUUGCUUGUUGUUCCGAAAGUAUGGAAGUUUUGUUGACAACCUGCGAAUCUUCGCCAGGGGAGGAAGCGGUGGAAUGGGUUACCCCCGCUUGGGGGGAGAAGGUGGGAAAGGUGGUGACGUCUGGGUUGUGGCCCAUGGAAAUAUGACUUUGAAGCAACUGAAAGACAAACAUCCUCAGAAGCGGUUUGUGGCUGCGGGAGGAGCCAACAGCCGGGUUAGUGCACUGAAAGGUUCCAGAGGAAAAGACUUUGAAAUCCCUGUACCUGUUGGUAUUUCAGUAACGGACGAAAAUGGUCAAGUCAUUGGAGAAUUGAAUAAAGAGGGAGACAGAAUUUUGAUAGCUAAAGGAGGUCUUGGUGGCAAAUUACUAACAAAUUUCCUGCCAUUGAAAGGCCAAAAACGAAUAAUUCACCUUGACCUAAAACUUAUAGCUGACGUAGGCCUGGUAGGAUUCCCAAAUGCUGGAAAAUCCUCUUUGUUAAGUCGGAUUUCCCACGCAAAGCCUGCUAUUGCAGAUUAUGCAUUUACAACAUUAAAGCCUGAACUUGGAAAGAUUAUGUAUAAGGAUUUUAAACAGAUAUCUGUAGCUGAUCUCCCUGGUUUGAUAGAAGGAGCACAUAUGAACAAAGGAAUGGGCCACAAAUUCCUCAAGCAUAUAGAAAGAACUAGGCACCUACUUUUUGUUGUUGAUAUUUCUGGAUUUCAGCUUUCAUCCCAAACUCAUUACAGAACUGCCUUUGAAACCAUAAUACUGCUUACAAAAGAAUUGGAGCUGUACAAAGAGGAACUUCAGACAAAACCUGCGCUCCUGGCAGUUAAUAAAAUGGACUUGCCUGAAGCACAAGAUAAAUUCCAUGAACUGAUGAACCAGCUGCAGAAUCCUAAAGAUUUUCUGCACUUAAUUGAAAGAAACAUGAUUCCAGAGAAGCUUGUGAAGUUUCAACAUGUCAUUCCCAUUUCUGCAGUUACUGGAGACGGGAUUGAAGAAUUAAAGAGCUGUCUAAGAGAAUCACUGGAUGCACUUGCCAGCCAGGAAAGUGACGCACAUCAUAAGAAGCAACUGCUUAAUUUACAGACAUCCAAUGCACUAUCAUAUAAUGAGCCACCCUCAGAGCAUACAGUUACAGGUUCCAGAAUACAUAGAAUUUAAGCCUACUAAAAACAGUACUGAUGGAA